UAUGAUAUUGCAAUCAAAUAUUAUUAAACCAGAAUAAUUUUUAUUUUUUUAAUACCUACGAUAUUUAAAAUGUGGACUAGUGGGUACCGCUCUACGCUGUACAUUUAUUGUCAUGUCCGUCACUAUAAUGGAUGUGCUUGAUUUGAAUUCAAUGACGUAAAAUCAUUGUACAUGAAAAACGAAUCUGACCGAAGAUCGUCCAUCAGACUUUACCUAUUGAAUAUUAGUAUACAUUUGACUAUCGCCACAUUUAUUUUCUUUGUGUCAAAGACCGCUGCUAUUGACAUUCCAAAUGGACAUCUAAACAACUCAAAUAAUUUAAUGGCAUCAGAAGCUUAUACAGACGUAAAUAUAUUAAUGCAAUAUUACGGUAACUCAACGAACCCUGGAGCUCAAGUACCAUUUAACUUAGCAUUGGUGAGGUGUCCAAAGGAUGAUCAUAUUGUUGAAUCUAUAGAUAACAUUAUCCAAAUUUGGUUGGCUGGUUUACCAGAAAAUGCAGUGGCCAACUGGGUGGUAAGUGUUUUUAAAUUGAAUAGUAAUUUUAUUUUUUAUUUAAAUCCUAAGAACUCUUUCUCGAAUAUCGGAAUAUCUCUUUUUUAUAUUAUGUUAUUUGCAUAGAUCUUAUACUAAUAGACAGGCCUUCCAUAUACCAUAUGAACUAUGAGUCUUGGUGAGACCAGGCGUAUGAAACUCCUUGAAUUGGCCGCAUCGGGUGAUUGUAGGUCUUGAACACAGUCUCCAGGGGGGCGUACGUCAUACGUCAUCUAUGGUAAAAGUAAACAGUGGAUAUUUAAACAGUAUUAAAAAUAAUAGCAUGUAAUAGAGAAUUUCAUGAUAACAAUACAUAAGUGAACAAUUUAACAUAAAUAUUAAGUAAACAAGAAAAUUAUUAAGAAUCAUUAAUACUAUAGAUGAUGGUAGUAAAACAAAUAAAAAUAAUAUCACUGAUAAUCAUUUAAAAUAAGUUUGCGAGCUCAUAACCCAAGCACAUUAUACUGAAUAGGAUUAUUUAUACCAUAAUUAGUGCUGUGAAAAGGAGCAACAAAAGAAAAAUUAAACUAAGUUGAGUGUGAAGGAACAUUAAAAUGUAGCAGAGAAUGAAGAGACGGAGUAUCUACACGUCCAUAAAUUACCUUGUACCAAACAUCAACUUUGCUUCAACUCUUCUAUCAGCUAGGGACGUAAGUCUGAGUUUAUUUAUUACCAAGGUUUAUGGUUUAUGGGAAAUUUGUAGAAUGAAAAAAUGGACCAGCUCAGUGUGAGAAUAGUCCACUAUACUGAAGAAUUUCAGAUCAUCCGCAAACAUAAGGCCCUUACAAUCAGAUUUAAGUUCAUUAACUAUUAAAGAAAUCAACUGUGGAGAUAAGGGAACUCCCGAAGGUACGCAGAAAGCUUCAAAUUUACAUCCAACAAUUUUAACAUAUUGGAUAGGGUCAAGUGGGGUAAAUGAAAAUAGGGGUAAUUGAAAACGAUAUUAAUUUCUCAUCAAUGUGUGGUGACUACAUAAAUCCAAACAUAUAAAACCAAUAUAAACCAGUCUACGGACAUUAGUUUAUGAUAACAGAUUUAAUAUUUAUAUAUGAUUUACUAUCAAUUUUCCUAAUCGCAGUCUUAUAACAACACAAACUGAACACCGGAACGUCAGAAAAAAUGUAAUUACACAUUUCUAACUAUGUAAGCAAAUAAGUAUGUAAUAUAACAAUACAAUAAUAGGCUUAAGACAUGUUAUAUAUAAACAGUUUACAUAGUUAUACUUAGUUUAGAAUUUCACAAAAUUUUGAUGGGGUAAAUGUAAAUGGACAUUUUUUUGAAAAAUAUUAAUUACACUGAAGUUUCAUUACUAAAAGUGUUUUAAUUAGAUCAUAAUGCAGAAAUCGCCAACAAUUGUUAUGACAACUAAUAAUUGUAUAAAAUAAGUGGAUUGUAAAAAUAUUGUUUCCAAUUACCCCACUUGACCCUACAAACACCACAUAAUCAUGAAGAUUUUGAGUUUCUCUUCUUUGACGUUUGGAUCCUUUUAUUAC